CUUGAUCGACUGCGUGAACGCAUGACUCGGCAGCUUACCGAAUUGCUUGGCAAGGAUGGCAUUCUCUUUUUCCCAUCAUGGCCCACAACGGCUCCAUACCAUAAUCAGCCGGUUUUUACUCCACUAGAUUUUGCAUAUACCAGCCUCUUUAAUGUGUUGACACUUCCUGCAGCAGAAUGCCCAAUGGGACUAGAUAGCAAUGGAUUACCACUUGGUGUUCAGAUAAUCGGAGCUCGCAACUCAGAUCGUCUACUGAUCGCUGCGGUACAACAGCUUUCGCAAGCAUUUGGUGGCUGGACUCCUGCCUGGUCCUCGUGA